UUAUACCAUGUAAGCCAGUGGUCGCCAACCCGUCGAUCGCGAUCGACUGGUAGAUCUUUAUCACUGUCCCGGUAGCUCCCGAAAAUAAAAACGUUUUCAGUUUUGCAAGCAUCUGUAUCUCUUAAUCCAACUGCUUUAUUUUCAAUGAAGUGACCAAUCAGAUAAAAGAAGAGCACCCGUAAAUUAACUGUCGCAAACGUCAAUAUGGAUCUCCAUGGUGAUAGCCCGCGCGAGGUAACAUACUACAAACUAGAAUGGCGAAAGAAGGCAACAUACAAUUUUCAUCCAGAAUGGGAACAGGAAUUUCUGUUUACCUUGGGGAUAAGAGGGCAUAAAUGGACCGCGGUACCCCGAAUAAAAAAGGGAUACACCUCCCCCGCCUCUUCGUCGCUGUGGCAACACCCAGACGCGCGGAACCUUGCUGUGCAGCCGGAUGUUCAGACCUCGGACCGGCUGUUAGCAGACUGGCAGAAUUUCAUGGACUACGGGGAGAGCUGCUACAACAUUCAGAAACUUAACGAAACCGAUUUUAUACCUAUUAAUUAUAUGUCUCGUCAGCCGCAGGUCACACCAGAAGCGCGUUGCAGAUUGGUGAGCUGGUUGAUUCCCGUUCAUAGAUACUUCAGACUGUCUUUUGAGUCCUGCUGCCUCGCCGUAAAUAUUAUGGACCGCUUCCUCUCCACCACCCCGGUGGCGUCGGACUGUUUCCAGCUGCUGGGGAUCACAUGUCUGCUAAUCGCCAGCAAACUGGUUGAGGUCUACUCACCUCAGAUUAAACAGCUUCUUGCCCUGUGCUGCAAUGCUUUCACAAAAGAUCAGCUAUGUAACCUGGAGUGCAUAAUCUUAAUCAGACUGAAGUUCAGGCUUGCAGCUCCAACAAUGGCCUUCUUCCUUGAUUAUUAUACAAACCGGCAGCUUGCAGCUCAGACUUCUCCAGAGCAGGGUCCUGCUGGUCACCGGGAGGAGACUGAAAAGCAGGUAUCCACAGGUAUGGAUACUGGAGGAGACUUGGACAAUCCGUUCCCCUCGGAUACAGGUGAAGAGGUGGAGGGUCCCUGUGCCACAGGUGUGGGAGAAGACGUCAGCAGGCAGAGCCACAGUAUGGCCGCAAAGAGUAAAAUCCUUGCAAGGACAAUAUGUGAACUGAGCCUGGCUGACUAUGCUUUCGUCAGGUACCCUCCGUCAGUCCUGGCACAGUCUGCCGUAAAGUUGGCAGAGCACUUGCUGGGCAGAAGGCAGCAAUGGGACUCAAAACCAGAAGAACCGAGUGUGGACCCCACCUUGCACCAAGAGUGUGGUGACAACAUGAGGCUUCUGGUGUCCCUCAACCAGGAAGUCCUGCACACCAUGUCUGGGUUUUGACAUCAUAGGAAGCCCCUUGACUAGUGUCCCUUCAUUUCAGCAGUUUAUCUAUUGACUGUAAUACCUAUAAUUUAUUCAGUAAUUAUGUUAAUAUUGUAUGGAUGAAUUUAUUUCUCCCACAAAUGCAUUGUAUACUACACAGAUCUUCUGAGAAGAGCAACGAGAAGUAUUAUUUAAUGCAGUGUUCUGUUACCCUGGCUAGUGUUUGACUAGUCUUUUUUAUUGUUUAUGUUGAUCUGGAGACUGGCUGUCUCGAGAUCAUUGUUGCAAAGCAAAAUUCAAAUGAACUCUGUGAACAUCGGUACAGUGCACAUUUUGAAUGUAGAAAAUGAAUGUGAUGUGAAAGAACUUUAAUAAAACAUCUCAUAAGCAAAAA